AUGGCCUCCCCUUGCAUCUCUCGCGCCGCACGAUGCCUGGCCUCGACCGCCCGCGGCCCAAUCGCUCGCAAGACUGCGACUACGCCAGCCUCGUCUCCUUCGUCCCUCUGCCGGCGCCAGCAGCACUACCACUCGUACGACCACCCGUCGACGCCGCCGUUCGGGCCCGUCGACAGGGAAAUCCUGGCCGCCGCCUACAAGCACGUCCCUGAGCACGGCUUCUCGCUGCGCGCUAUUGGCCUCGGGGCUCGCGACGCUGGUUACCCUGAUAUCAGCUCCGGCAUCCUGCCCGACGGCCAGUUCAGCCUGAUACACUACCACUUGGUCGCCCAGCGCGAGAGACUGGCCGACAGGAGCCGCGAGCUGCUCGAGGAUGACUCGUUGACCAGCGUGGGCGACAAGGUGGCUGCCUUGACGUGGGAGCGGCUGGUGGGCAACAGGGACAUCAUACACAGAUGGCAGGAGGCCCUGGCCAUCAUGGCGCAGCCCAGCUAUCUGCCCAAGUCGCUGGCUGAGCUGGCUGCCUUGUCUGACGACAUCUGGUUCCUGGCCGGCGACAAGGCCGUCGAUCCCUCCUGGUACACCAAGCGGGCGGCUCUCUCCAUGGUAUACAGCUCCAGUGAGCUCUUCAUGACCAACGACAGAUCACCGUCCUUUCUCGAGACAAGACAGUUCUUGCAUCGAAGGCUGGGCGAGGUCCAGUCCGUGGGGGGCACUGUGGGAGCCGUAGGCCAAUGGGUUGGCUUCACCCUCAAUGCAGGCGUCAAUGUCUUGAGAAGCAAGGGCGUCCCUAUCUGA